AUUAUCCUUUGUGCAGACGCGGACUCUGUACGACAGAUCAUGCUCUUGGCGCAUGGACUCGGCUUCACCACCGGCGAAUAUGCUUUCUUCAACAUCGAUCUUUUCAGCGAGUAUGUUACCUUUCUGAACUUACACCAAACUCCUUUAAUAAUUCAGCAGCAGCUUUCUCGUCCCUGGUAUCGAAUGGACGCGCCCGAGGAGGAGAAUCUUCGGGCGCGCGAGGCCUAUCGUGCUCUUAUGACAGUUACAAUAAGGAAACCGAAGAGUCGUGCCUAUCAGGAAUUUACGGAAGAGGUUAAACGAAGGGCACUGCAUGAUUACGGCUAUGACUAUUCUAGAGAAGAAGUAUGA